AUGCCAGAUAUUUCGCUGUCAAUGUUUAUUUCAAUAUCUGAUAAUGCUGUUAGCUCAGUCUUAUUGCAAGAAAUUAAAGAUGAUUUGAGGAUCAUAUAUUUUGUGAGUCAUGCCCUUCAAGGAGCAGAGGUGAGAUACCAAAAAAUAGAAAAGGCUGCUUUAGCCUUGAUUAUAUUCGCCAGGAAAUUAAGACCUUAUUUUCAAGGCUUUCCAGUUGUGGUCAAAACUGACUUACCACUUCGCCAAGUGUUGCAAAAGCCUGAUUUAGCAGGAAGAAUGGUUUCAUGGACUGUUGAAUUAUCAGAGUUUGGAAUUUCGUUUGAGAAAAAAGGACAAGUUAAAGCACAUGCUUUGAUUGAUUUUGUUAAUGAAAUGUCUCCAGAAGAGAAAAGUGACGAACCAGGUGAGUGGAGUUUAUCAGUUGAUGGUUUAUCCAAUGUCAAGGGCAGUGGUGCUGGAGUGAUUUUAGAAGGGACAGGAGGCGUAACAAUUGAACAGUCACUCAAGUUUGAUUUUAAAGCGAGUAACAAUCAGGCAGAGUAUGAGGCCAUAAUUGCAGGGUUGAGAUUGGCGAUCGAAAUGGGCGUACAAAGCAUCAGGAUCAAAACAGAUUCACAGAUAGUUUCAAGACAGUUUCAGGGAGAGUAUCAAGCAAAGGAUGCACAGUUGGCCAAGUACUUAGUGAAGGCUCAAAAUUUGAUGAAGCAGGUGGGCAAAGUGCAGAUUAAUCAUGUUCUGCGAGAGGAGAAUACAAGGGCUGACAUAUUGUCAAAGUUAGCAAGUACCAAAAAGCCAGGGAAUAAAAAAUCAGUGAUCCAGGAAGUUUUGAAUAGCCCAAGUGUUGAAAAUGAUGAGAUUAUGACAAUUCCGAUGGAAAUAGAUCAAGAUUGGAUGGGCCGAAUCAAAUUGUGUUUGGAGGCGGAAGGAACUGACUUGCUUUUGUUUACUAAGGAUCAUAUUCGUGAAGCAAGUCAUUAUACUCUUUUGGGUGACCAAUUGUACAGGAGAGGAGUAGGAAUUCCAUUGUUGAGGUGUGUUUCCAAGGAAGAGGCUGAAAGAAUUAUGUUCGAAGUACAUGAAGGGGUGUGUGCAAGUCAUGUGGGUGGAAGAUCUUUGGCAGCGAAAGUGCUAAGAGCAGGAUUUUAUUGGCCAACGCUAAGGUCAGAUUGUAUGGAAUAUGCUAAAAAGUGUGAAAAAUGCCAGAUGUAUGCAGAUUUACAUAGAGCACCGCCGGAAGCUUUAAGUUCAAUGAGUUCAUCAUGGCCAUUUGCAAUUUGGGGCGUAGAUAUCUUGGGACCUUUUACUCCAGCAGGGACACAAACUUAA